GUGGGGGUGUGGUUCUCCAACCGGACCCUGGCCAUGAACGCCACCACCUUGGCCCUCAAUGGCUCCGACAGCUUGGCCAACAAGACCCUCAUCAUCACCACCAUCCUGGAGAACCCGUACGUGAUGCGCGUGGGGGGCGCGGGGGCGGAGCGCUACGAGGGUUUCUGCGUGGACAUGCUGCAGGAGCUGGCAGCGCUGCUCAAGUUCCGCUUCCACAUCCGCCUGGUGGAGGACGGGCUCUACGGCGCCCCCGAGCCCAACGGCUCCUGGACCGGCAUGGUGGGCGAGCUCAUCAACCGG